AUAACAAAUUUAGGUUAUGUUUCACGUGGUGAUCACAACAUUAGCGAGCUUUGUGCCACGUGAUUGACUUUAAAGAAUUAUUUUUAUAUAUAACAAUAUUUAAUUUUACUUAAUAAUCAUUGACAAUGUCGAAAAUACGCAAAUCCGGCAUUCAGAAGGAAGUGGCGAGACAAGGCAUUUUAUUUAAUAAGAGUAAAGGUCAGCACAUUUUGAAAAAUCCUUUAGUUAUUCAAAGUAUGGUGGAAAAAGCUGCGCUUAGGCCAACUGAUGUUGUACUGGAAAUUGGUCCUGGCACGGGUAAUAUGACUGUAAAAAUGCUAGAAAAAGCAAAGAAAGUAAUAGCAUGUGAAAUCGACCCAAGAAUGGUGGCAGAAUUACAAAAACGUGUUCAAGGAACUGUUUAUCAAUCAAAGUUACAGAUAAUGAUUGGAGAUGUACUAAAAUCAGAUUUACCAUUCUUUGAUUUGUGUGUCGCUAAUAUCCCAUACCAGAUAUCAUCGCCGUUAAUAUUUAAAUUACUUUCUCAUAGACCAGUUUUCAGAUGCGCUGUGCUUAUGUUUCAAAGAGAAUUUGCAGAACGUUUGGUAGCUAAACCUGGUGACAAAUUGUACUGUCGCUUAAGCAUCAACACACAAUUGUUGGCUCGAGUGGAUAUGUUGAUGAAAGUUGGAAAGAAUAAUUUUAGACCUCCACCUAAAGUAGAAUCAAAUGUAGUGAGAAUUGAACCAAGAAAUCCACCACCACCAAUUAAUUUUCAAGAAUGGGACAGUUUAACGCGAAUUGCAUUUGUCAGAAAAAAUAAAACACUAUCUGCAGCUUUCAAACAAACCACAGUUGUUACUAUGUUAGAGAAAAAUUAUAAAAUUCAUUGUAGUUUGAAUAACAAGAAUAUCCCAGAUGAUUUUGAUAUCAAACAAUUGAUAAACCAUGUACUAAAGAAAAUAGAGGCUGAAAAUAAACGAGCUAGGACUAUGGAUAUAGAUGACUUCAUCAGGCUUUUACAUGCAUUCAAUGCAGAAGGUGUGCAUUUUACAUAAAUUAUAUAUUGUUAUAUAUUAUAUUUGUGUAUAUAAAG